AAAGCAAAGCAGGAAGAAGCAAAACCAUGGGCAGUUUUCUGUCAGCCCAAACAAAACCUACCAAUCCAAAACCGGCUGCUCCGCUCUUUGUAUAUAUGUCUGUCUUUUUCUAUCCCAUCACUCAAUCUAAUGUAUCUCCACCUUUUCCCUCUUUCUCUCUAUCUAUCUCUUUCUCUGUUGUGGCAUCUGUAUCUGCAAAAGGUUCAAGAAGCCUAUUUUAUCGUUCUGGGCAGCUUCAGAUGUGACAAUUGGAUUCCAAUCUUUCGGAUUUUAGCGCUUUGGGCAGUUUAAUUUUCUGGGUUUUCUUCAAAUUAAUCCAUUCAAUUUUUGGGAGAACAGCCUUUGAUAAGUACCAGUCUUGGUUUCUGAUGGAACCAAAUGGUUUAGGUGGUGGAAUGUUUCCGAACAUUGGUUCUGGGAUGCUAGGACUAGAACUUCCUCUGCAGCAGCAGCAGCAACAACAACAAAAAAGCCCCACAAACGCUCAAAAUCCUCACCACCUCCUCCACCCCAACCACCUGCCGGUAAGGGUUUCCUAUCCACAGCAUGACCACGCUGAUCACCACCCAUCACAAACCCAGCAAUCCGCGAAAUACCCAUUUGCCUCAAAACCCAAGCAAUCUGUGACGGCGCACAGUGAUGAAGACGAGCCUGGCUUUGCUGCCGACGACAACAACUCAGGGGAUGCCAAGAGAAAAAUGUCGCCUUGGCAGAGAAUGAAGUGGACAGACACCAUGGUGAGGCUGCUAAUAAUGGCGGUGUAUUACAUCGGCGACGAAGCUGGGUCCGAAGGGACCGAUCUGACGGGGAAGAAGAAGUCUGCGGGGUUGUUGCAGAAGAAAGGGAAGUGGAAAUCUGUUUCUCGGGCAAUGAUGGAGAAGGGGUUUUAUGUGUCUCCGCAGCAGUGCGAGGACAAGUUCAAUGACUUGAACAAGAGGUAUAAGAGAGUGAACGAUAUUCUCGGGAAAGGCACGGCUUGCAAGGUCGUGGAAAACCAGAGCUUGUUGGAGACGAUGGAGUUGUCACCUAAGAUGAAAGAAGAGGUUCGGAAGUUGCUGAAUUCGAAGCACUUGUUUUUCAGGGAAAUGUGCGCUUACCACAAUAGUUGUAGUCAUGGGGCUGCUGGUGGAGGAGCAGGUACGUCGCCAGAGCCAUCUCAUACGCAGCAGCAGCAGGCUCAACAGCAACAGUGCUUUCAUUCGUCGGAUAAUGCGGUUAUGGUGACCGAGGGGUCGAAAAUUGGUGAAGAGGAAGAAGAGGGUUAUGAGGAUGAUGAUGAUGAUUCUGAUGAGGAAGAGGAUGAGGACGGAGUGGAAAGCGGCGGGCAUGGACACGAGGACGAGGACGAUAACGACGAGAGGUGUUCGAGGAAAAGAGCAAGAAAGGGAAUGUUUUGUAUUUCGUCGCAGUUGAUGCGGCAACUGAGCGGCGAGGUGAUGAGCGUGCUGCAAGACGUGGGGAAGAGCCCGUGGGAAAAAAAGCAGUGGAUGAGAGCCCGGAUGAUACAGCUGGAGGAGCAGCAAGUGAGCUACCAAGGGCAAGCGUUUGAGCUGGAGAAGCAGCGGCUCAAGUGGGUGAAGUUUAGCAGCAAGAAGGAGAGGGAGAUGGAGAGAGCUAAGCUUGAGAACGAGCGGAGAAGGCUUGAGAAUGAGAGAAUGGUUUUGCUUGUACGCCAGAAAGAGAUGGAGUUGUUUGAUCUUCAGCAACCACAGCAACACCUACAGCAUUCUUCUAACAAGCGGUGUGAACCAUCCUCUGUUACCGGUUGAAUGGUAGUAUAGGUUAGAUUACAAGACAGGUUAGGUAGACCGAAAAGGGAAAAAAAAAACAAAGGUUGUUUUGUCCUGUUCAGUUUGGAUUUUUCAAAUUUUGUUGUGAAUUUGGGUACUUCUGUAUUUAUUCCGGCUCUUGUUCUUUCAUUUCAAUUACAUCUUAUUUCUCUCAAGCUGGAGUUAAAAUUAAUUAAAGGU